UCGCGCUCCCGCAGCCGCGUCCGCGCGCUCAUUCACCGCUUGCUUCCGCGCGGCGGGCUGGCAGCGGUGGGCGGACCUGGCCCGUCCACUGCUGAUUCUUGUCCCCAUUCCCGGCCGGUCCCAUCUCCAGCCCAUCCUGGUCCCGUCCCCGUCCUGGUCCCGUCCCCUGCCCCAUCCCCUGCGCCCCGCGCCCGGCUCCGUCCCCUGUGCGCCGGGACCGGGACCGGGAAUGCGGGGCUGGCGGCGCAACCUCGCGUUCUGCCUGCAGCGGCUGCCGGACGAAGACGACCGGCCUUACUGCAAAGGCAUCCAGGACGUGGUUGGCGGUGACGGGGCCCUGGCCUGCCGCAGACAGAGCAUCCCAGAGGAGUGCCGUGGUGUCACUGUGGUGGAGCUGACCAAGAGUGAGGGCAGCACACUGGGCCUGACUGUUUCGGGCGGUACCGACAAGGAUGGGAAGCCCAGGGUCUCCAGUCUCAAGCCUGGAGGGCUCGCAGCCAGGAGUGACCUGCUGACCGUGGGUGACCACAUCCGGUCGGUGAACGGCAUCCGCCUGGCCCGGCUGCGACAUGAUGAGAUUGUCGCCCUGCUGAGGAACGUGGGGGAGCGCGUGGUGCUGGAGGUGGAGUAUGAGCUGCCCCCGCCCGCCCCAGAGAACAACCCCAGGGUCGUCUCGAAGACAGUGGAUGUCUCCCUUUACAAGGAGGGCAACAGUUUCGGCUUUGUCCUCCGAGGAGGCACCCAUGAAGAUCUGCACAAGUCCCGCCCACUCGUCCUGACACACGUGCGGCCAGGGGGUCCAGCUGACAGGGAGGGCUCCCUGAAGGCAGGUGACCGGCUGCUCAGCGUGGACGGCAUCCCACUGCAUGGGGCUAGUCAUGCUGCUGCCCUGGCCACCCUACAGCAGUGCGGCCAUGAGGCACUCUUCCGGGCGGAGUAUGAUGUGACUGCCCCAGACUUGGUGGCCGGGACAACUGGGCCACUGAUGGUGGAGAUUGUGAAAACUCCAGGGUGCGCCCUGGGCAUCUCUCUUACUGCUGGCUAUCACCGGAACAAGCCAGUCAUCACAGUGGACCGCAUCAAGCCAGCCAGUGUGGUGGACAGGAGUGGGGCCCUGCGUGCAGGGGACCACAUCCUGUCCAUUGACGGCACCAGCACAGAACGCUGCUCCCUGCAAGAUGCCACCAAGCUGCUGGCAGGUGUGGUGGAGAAAGUGCGACUGGAGGUCCUGCCUGCUCCCCAGAGCCGGUGGCCCCCACAGCCUGUAGAUGCAGCCUUGCCCUCCAGCCCCUACUCCUCACCACAUGUGGACCAUGCCUCUCCACGUACGCACCCCAGCACCCUGCCCCGGGGACCCCCACCUGGCAGCCCACGUGCCACUCCGAUGCGCAGGAGGCCACGCAGGAGGGAGCACAGGAGCUCACUGUCCCUGGCAUCCAGCAUGGUAGGGCCAGGUGGGCAGAUUGUGCAUGUGGAGACCACGGAGGUGGUACUGUGCGGGGACCCCCUCAGCGGCUUUGGACUGCAGCUCCAGGGUGGCAUCUUUGCCACUGAGACCUUGUCAUCUCCACCCCUUGUGCGCUUCAUUGAACCUGACAGUCCAGCAGAGAGGUGUGGCCUGCUACAGGUGGGUGACCGAGUCCUGGCCAUCAAUGGUGUUGCCACUGAGGACGGGACCAUGGAGGAGGCUAACCAGCUGCUUCGGGAUGCUGCGCUGGCCCACAGGGUUGUGCUGGAGGUGGAGUUUGACGUGGCAGAGUCUGUCGUGCCAAGCAGCGGCACAUUCCAUGUGAAGUUGCCCAAGAGGCGUGGUGUGGAGCUGGGCAUCACUAUCAGCUCGGCCAGCAGGCGGCGUGGCGAGCCCCUCAUCAUCUCCGACAUCAAGAAGGGCAGCGUGGCGCACAGGACCGGCACACUGGAACCGGGCGAUAAGCUGCUGGCCAUCGAUAACGUGCGACUGGACGACUGCCCCAUGGAGGAAGCCGUGCGCAUCCUGCGCCAGUGCGAGGACCUGGUGAGGCUGAAGGUCCGCAAGGACGAGGACAACUCUGACGAGCAGGAGGCCACGGGUGCCGUGAGCUACACCGUUGAGCUGAAGCGCUACGGGGGCCCGCUGGGCAUCACCAUCUCGGGCACCGAGGAGCCUUUCGACCCCAUCAUCAUCUCGGGCCUCACCAAGCGCGGGCUGGCCGAGAGGACUGGUGCCAUCCACGUGGGAGACCGCAUCCUGGCCAUCAACAGUGUGAGCCUCAAGGGCCGGCCACUGAGCGAGGCCAUCCACUUGCUGCAGGCAGCUGGCGAGACUGUCACACUGAAGAUCAAGAAGCAGCUGGAGCGCCCUCUCAUGCCCCACAAGUUGGGCAAUGUCAGCGAGACCAGUGACACGGAAGAGGACCCACCUGAGGCCCUGAAGGCUGGUGCACUAGCCACCCGCUUUCCUUCUGCAGUGUGUAGUGUGGACAGUGCCGUGGAGUCCUGGGACAGCUUGGCCACUGAGGGUGGCUUUGGGGGCCCAGGUGCCUACACCAGGCAAGCAGCUGUCCAGGGUGCAGCCUCCCCGCAGCGGCAGCACAGUAGGCUGCAGGGCAGCCCCCAACCUGGGGAGCCCUGGAGGAGGAGCUACACCCCAGCCCCCGGCGAACAGCCCUUCCUAGAAGAUGAGGACGAUGACUGGGGGCCACCCGCAAGCCCUGUCCCUGUCCCUGGCCCCGGCCGAGAGAAGGGCUUCUGGCCAGCACUGGGAGAGGCCUUGGAGGACCUGGAGUCCUGCGGUCAGUCGGAGCUGCUCAGGGAACUGGAGGCCUCCAUCAUGGCAGGCGCCCUGCCCAGCGCGGUCCUGGAGGGCAGGUCUGGACCCCGGGCCUGGAGGGGCACACGGGAGUCUCGUGUAUCUGCAGAGGAACUGCAUGAGCUACUGCUCCCCACCGCGCUGGAGAUGCACAAGGUGAUGCUGCACAGAGACCCCACACGGCAUGAUUUUGGCUUCAGUGUGUCCGACGGCCUCCUGGAAAGGGGUGUCUAUGUGCACACCGUGCGCCCUGGUGGGCCUGCCCAGCAUGGGGGCCUGCAGCCCUUUGACCGGGUCCUGCAGGUCAACCAUGUCCGCACACAGGACUUCGACUGCUGCCUGGCAGUGCCGCUCCUGGCCGAGGCGGGUGAUGUCUUGGAGCUGGUGAUCAGCAGAAACCCUCUAGCUCCAUGCAGACAGGCCCCGAAGACACCUGGCCCUCCAAGUCCCCAGAUGCUCUAAAACCAGGAAAAUCCUGACCUCAGUGGUGCUGGCUUAGAAGUGGGAACUCCGCUGUCCAUCUGUCAAGCUGGUGGACUCUGUCUGUGUUCUCUGGUCCCAUGGUAGAUGGGGUACUGGGGAUGAGGUCCCUGCCACAGCUGAAAUGACAUCCGGAGUCCUCCCAUGGGCUUGGACAGGGCUCAGCCAGGAAGAGAGGCCAUCUGGGGAGCAACCAAGAGCUUCCAGACAGUCAGCUCCAGGUCACAGAAGCUGAGCAAGCCGGUGCCAGACAUCAGUGCAGUUAGAAGCAGAGGUGUGGCCCAUGUGGGCUCAGGGUCAGCUUCCUGACGGAUGGAGCCACUGCAUCAGAGACCCUGCACCCAAGGAGGGGCUGUGCUUCCUGCUCUGGGCACCAUGAGGGUACUGGAAGUCAGUGGGUGACUGUCUCAGAAUCUGGGACUUGAAAGGGGGUGUGAUCCUAGAAGCACUUGGCACCAGGUUGUGGGUGCCCCUUCUAGUCUUUGUAACCUGCUGAGCAGGAUCUGCUGGGAACAAAAGACAGGGAAGUUUUUGUCAGUCACCUGACUUCUGAAGGAGGACUGGGGGAAAUGGUAAAGACCCAGGUGCAGCUUUUCCAGGCCCAGAGCACAGUGAGCAGCUAAGGGCCAGGCCAGAGGAGCCCUUUUCAUUUUGAGAUGUGCACGGGGUGGGGCUGCUGUGGGACAGCUUGGCCUUGCCUGGUUCCGUUAGGGUCUCAGAAGGGUACCACUUUCACCACCUGACCUGGGAGCCCGGAACUCAUUUCCUUUGUAGGGACAGGUGGGGUCACAGGUUUGGUCCUCGGUUGGAUGACUCCCAGUCACAUUCCACACUGUGACAAUUGAGGCAGAAGUCUCUGAACAGUUACCUGCUUCCAGUCACAGCCAGGACCCCACCUUGUUCCAACUCCUGGCCUGCUUGUCUAGGAUUCUUGCCUUUGAAGGUUCUUGGCACCUGCAGCCAGCUUGCUCAUGGCUCUGCUGGACACCCACAUCAGGGGACUGGGCACUGCAAGAGGCACUAAGCAGAGGCCAGAAGCCUUCCUGACAUCACAGCUUGGGCAGGUGGCUCAGCCUCUCCAGAAAGACAAGGCUGAAGUGGACAUGCUCUCAGGGCUGGUGGCAGCAUGAGGACACUGCUGGGAUGCUAUCUUAGGCUCAGGGAGAGGAAGAUGUGUCCCUCACUGGCUGCCCCGUCUCCCUCCAAACAUGUGCAACCGGCCCGCAGUGGGCAGACUUCCGCUGAGGCCAGCGGCCCGUCCUCCUUGUCCUCCUCAUAUGCAAUACCCUGCUCCUCCUGGGCUGUUUAGGCCACUCCCGCCCUUGCCAGCGUCCUGCCUGCUAUGCACUUGGGCACCGCCGAGGCCCAUCCCGCCCCAAAGCUGUAUUUUUCUGUGGCUGGGAUUAGAGCAGAUACCUUGUAAAGUAUUUUUGUACUGUUUCUUAGGGAUUUGGGAAGCACAGCCCACCUUGCCAAGGCCGCCUGGGGUCUGCUUGGGCCAUGUGCUAACCUCGGGGCAGUGCUAUUGGGGUAACUUUUAAAAUAAAAUUAUUUCAGUGCACCUGGA